CGUCUCUUGCAGGCAUUGGCUGCCCUCUGAUGUGUUGCCUGAAUAAGAGCCAGCAAGGACGGAGCGAGUCGCCCAGCCCUGCUGCUGGCAUCUGACGGAGAAGGAAGACCAGGAGUGUCUUCAGGAGGGGAGGCUGCACACAGCAGGCAGAAAAUCCCCAUCCUCUGCAAGGCUCUUGCCAAGGAGACCAACCAGCCAGUCGGGGCGCCAUGGAUGUCUUUAAAAAGGGCUUCUCCAUUGCGAAGGAGGGAGUGGUGGCCGCCGCUGAGAAGACCAAGCAGGGGGUCACCGAAGCAGCCGAGAAGACCAAGGAAGGGGUGAUGUACGUAGGCACAAAAACCAAAGAAGGUGUGGUGCAAAGUGUCACUUCCGUGGCUGAGAAGACCAAAGAACAGGCCAAUCUCGUGGGAGAUACUAUGGUGAGCAGCGUGAACAUAGUGGCAAAGCAGACGGUGGAAGGAGCGGAGACCGUUGUAACCACAGCUGGACUAGUCAAAAGGGAUGACCUACAUCCAGAUCAGCACGAAGACCAGCCUGGGGCUGGAGAAGACAACAUCCAGGUAGAAGCCACAGAGGGUGAAGGAAAUUAAACUUCUCUAGAACUUCUACUACGUUACGAAAAAAUGAGAAGACCAGGAAUCAAUGCAGACCUGCUAGAGGUUGCAAACAGCAGGAAAAUCUCUCCUAACCCUAAGCUAACUUCACACAGCACGAGCAAUGCUCACUUGCCUAAUUUUCACUCUCCUAGCUGGGUGGCCAACUCUUUGAUUGUACGUUUUAGGGCAAUUCUACGCAUCUCCCUUUGUGUCUCCUUUGUGUGGCUUCCUUAAUUUGCUCUUCUUUGAGCCUUCCAAAGUGUGGUUUGAGAGCCAAUUCACACUCUUGUGGUUGGACUCACUGAUUAAUGUCUUUCGGCUCGUUAGUAUCAGCCCUUGAUUUCCCUAGAAAGGGCAGAUAUUUUUUUUUUUUUAAGAGACAAAAUAAAAUCUUGUUUCAACUAA